AUGUUCAAGAGAAGCGCGAACCAAUCAUUGAUUCAGAAGGUGGCGUCGUAUUGCAUGUACAUCGAGUACCAGAAUUCUUGGAUCUCUGCAGUUGUGUUGACGAAACACUAUGCGGUCACAACGCUGCACUGUCUCCCCGAAUCUUUCCAAAAGCUCGGCCAAUCAGUUUCUCUUUGGGGCUCGGACGGACAGAACCACAUUUCUCAUAUCCACGGGAUGAACAAGCUUUCCGAUUAUGUGGUUUUCAAGAAGACGGAUGGAACCUUCGAGUGUUUUCCUGAAAUUACCUAUCCAACACUUCUGGAUCAAUACAUUGUGGUCGGAUUCCCGUUUGGUGAAAAGAAGAUUUCAGUUCGUCUCGGUCAUGUUUCGUCACUGUCUGAAGGGAGUCGAGGAUACUUCUACGGUGAUUCCUGUGGACUUCCAGGAUUCAGCGGAGGUGGAGUCUUCUACGCAAGAAAUGGAGCACUCCUCGGCAUCGCUCGUGGAAAUGAAUGGAACGGAAAGGAAACAUAUCAGUAUGGAGUCGUCUUGGAAAUGGUCUCAAUUCAACUCAUUCUCAGCCACAUUGAAGUCUUCAGCCACCAGCCGUUCUCCGUUUGA